AUGUAUAUGUGUAUAUAUAGGUUGGUCACCUAUAUAAGAUCUUCCACCGUUGAACAGUUCAAAGACAAAAAAAAAACGGCGAACCGGAAGAUGGCAACGGCGCCAUAUCUCGUUCUGGUUCUAGUAGGUAUGCUUUGUGCAGGGGCCACGGCUCAGUCUGCUUGCACUAGUGUAUUGAUCAGCCUAUCCCCCUGUUUGAAUUACAUCACGGGGACCUCAUCGACCCCGUCUCAACAGUGCUGCACGCAGCUCGCUAGCAUCGUGCGUUCCUCGCCGCAAUGCCUGUGUCAGGUCCUUAACGGUGGCGCUUCAUCGCUCGGGAUCACCGUCAACCAGACUCAAGCUUUGGCCUUACCCGGCGCGUGCAAUGUUCGGACUCCGCCCGUCAGCCUCUGUAAUGCUGCUUCUCCGGUAGAUGCUCCGGUAGGAUCACCGGAAUCCGGGACAACUAUACCAACAGGAGAUGGAUCUAAAAGCGUACCGUCGGCACAGGAGGACGGCUCAUCGGACGGAAGCACCGCCAAAUUGUCGAUCGCGUCGUUCAUCUUCCUUCUUUUGGCUACAUCAUAUAGUUCGAUCUUCUUGUCACACUGAGAAUGUUCUCUAGUUUUGCCCUACCUCUCGUGAUACUUGUUAGCAUAUA